AUGCCGUCCGGCAACCAGUUCAUCGGCUCUCAUUCUCAAAAGACUUUUGAUCGAUGGCUCGAAGCCCUUGCCGAAAACAGUGACAUGGAAUAUAUCGUGAUCCCGUUCUCGGUGGUUCCUCAUGAUCGCUGGCGCUCACUUUUCGAAACUGUGGCCACACACAGAAGCCUGAAGGAAGUUGUCGUGGAGAUUCGAGAAAGGAUGGUUGACGCAGCGCGAGACAUGCUGUUUCGUGGAGAGGAAGAGGGGUGGUAUGCCACACUGCUCGACGCGGACGCAUCGGGUGUAUCCCAGUUUAUAAAGGAAACGACUACACUGGAGAAACUGCUUCUUUCUGACGGGAUCGAACUGAAUGCACCAAGCAUAUGGUCGGCAUUUGAUCAGCACCUGGUCAUUGUCUGGUCCACCAUUCUGGAGUCGUUAUCGCUGAACACUAGCAUAAGAGAGAUCACCGUGUACACAAAACGUAAAAGUGCCGAAGACCUGGAACGUCUCUUUGAGGUAGUGAGAUCCAGCAAGACAAUCCGAAGUCUGAACGUCUAUUCAUUCACGAAUUUGAACUUCUUUCCUCGUUACAAUGGCCACUUGCCUGUCGAAGUCUCCGAGAACUACAGCCUCUGCAGCUUUAGACUGUUGGCUAUGUGUGAAGUGACGCCAGAAUCUAUCUGGUUCGAUAUGUACAACACGUCGUGGCGGAACGCUGGCAUCGUGGCACGGGCAGCUCAUUUUGUGAAUCGGACCCGGCGUGACAGGCGCUGUGCCCUUGCGUUGAAAACCGUCUCCCGUCAUCCGGCGCUGAUGGAAGAACUCGCCGAAGUGCUCUCCGUCAGCGAUGCCAAGGUGGCCUCCCUGAUCCAAGCACGGCUCAGCGACAUGCAGGGUAUUCAUGAGUUCAUGCGACUGGCUGGUGUCGUGAAAGACAGGGUCACUUGUCGACCACGUGGGGACGGGCGCAAGCAGUUGCACGACCUCAACGAAGACUGCUGGAGGCACGUGAUGCGAUACGUGCAGCUGGAGGACGUCCGCUGGUCCUCUGAGACUGUCGAUGGAACUGCUCUACCAUGAACGUCGUGGUGUGCUGUGCUCGCAACACUGGAGAGCGAUGUCGUGUGGCCCGCGGGUGAAAGUGUAGAACCUGUUGGCAUCAGGUGCAUUUGCACAUGUUGCCGGAUGCAACUUCAGUAUAGGCAGAAAAGGCUCC